GAGCUAAAAGUAGUAAUGUUCGUCCGCCGCUUCGGAAAUGGCUCUUUGGGCCAUCGUUUUGCCUUUCAACGACGUUAUUUGGCUAAAAAUUCCAUGUGGGACUCGAAGUUCAUUGGAAUGCGUUCCAAACAGGAUGGCGUGACUGGCAAUCUCAAGGAGCAGCAACAAUCGGCGACUCCGGAAUCCUCGAACAUGCCGGAUAUGCAGAAUGCCCAAAAACUGCCAAAUGUGGGAGCCUAUGUCCGUAGUAUCGCCGCCGAUGGCAAGAGCCUGCGCGACGUGCUGGCCGCCAAGGUGCCCCAGGAGCAGGAGCGCGUGAAGAACUUUCGCAAGCAGCAUGGCGCCACCAAGAUGGGCGAGACGACCAUCGACAUGAUGUACGGCGGCAUGCGCGGCAUCAAGGCCCUGGUCACCGAGACCUCUGUGCUGGAUGCGGACGAGGGCAUCCGCUUCCGCGGCCUCUCCAUUCCCGAGUGCCAAAAGGUUCUGCCCGCCGCCGAUGGCGGCACCGAGCCCCUGCCCGAGGGUCUCUUCUGGCUGCUGCUGACCGGCGAGGUGCCCACCAAGUCCCAGGUGCAGCAGCUGUCCCGCGAAUGGGCCGAGCGCGCCGCCCUGCCCCAGCACGUGGUCACCAUGUUGAACAACAUGCCCACCACCCUGCACCCAAUGUCGCAGUUCGCCGCCGCCGUCACCGCGCUGAAUCACGACAGCAAGUUCGCCAAGGCGUACUCGGAUGGUGUGCACAAGAGCAAGUACUGGGAGUACGUCUACGAGGACAGCAUGGACCUGAUCGCCAAGCUGCCAGUGGUGGCUGCCACCAUCUACUGCAACACCUAUCGCGGCGGCAAGGGCUCCCGUUCGAUUGACUCCAGCCUGGAUUGGUCGGCGAACUUUGUGAAGAUGCUCGGCUACGACAACGCCCCCUUCACCGAGCUGAUGCGUCUCUAUCUGACCAUCCACAGUGACCACGAGGGUGGCAACGUGUCCGCCCACACCGUUCACUUGGUGGGCUCCGCCCUCAGCGAUCCCUACCUCUCCUUCGCCGCCGGCCUGAACGGUCUGGCUGGUCCUCUGCACGGCCUGGCCAACCAGGAGGUGCUCGUGUGGCUGCGCAAGCUGCAGAAGGAGGCCGGCAACAACCCGUCGGAGGAGCAGCUCAAGGAGUACAUCUGGAAGACACUCAAGUCCGGACAGGUGGUUCCCGGCUACGGACACGCCGUGCUCCGCAAGACCGAUCCCCGUUACACCUGCCAGCGCGAAUUCGCUCUGAAGCACCUGCCCGAGGACGAGACGUUCCAGCUGGUGUCGAAGAUCUACAAGGUGGUGCCCCCAAUCCUGACUGAGACCGGCAAGGUGAAGAACCCCUGGCCCAAUGUAGAUGCCCAUUCCGGUGUGCUGCUGCAGUACUACGGCAUGAAGGAGAUGAACUACUACACCGUGCUGUUCGGCGUUUCCCGUGCCCUCGGCGUGCUGGCCUCCCUCGUCUGGGAUCGCGCCCUCGGCCUGCCCAUCGAGCGCCCCAAGUCAUUCUCCACCGAUCUGCUGGUCAAGAUGGUCCAGAAGUAAGCAACUGGAGCAGGAGGAGCGGGAGGAGCUGGAGUUCAACCUUUUAUAGCCGGAGGACGAUGGACGUAAAAUGCAGAAGCCGUAGAUUGUAAUUGACGAGGGACGAGGCAGAAAGAGAGAGAGAGAUAGAGGAGAGAAUCGAUCGGAUUGGAUUGGGAUGAGAUGGGAUUGGAUUGGAUGGAUAUCGAUAUGACGACGCUGAUAUUGAGGGAGUUGGAGAUGUGUAGUUGAGGAGAAGAGCAACCAAAUACGAACCAAUAGGACAAAAACGAAAACCAGAAGAAAACUGCAACACACUGCAACUGCAAAACAAUAAGUUGGAAAUAAGGCAGAAACUUAUUUUUAGUAGUAAAAUAAUUAACGAAGGGAAACCGACAAGCAACCACUUAAUUAUUUGUAUAAGCUAUAUAUAUAUAUAUACGAUUGACUAUAUAUAUAGGGACAGGCAGAGAGAGUAAAAUGUUUGCGCCUAUUGUUUAUGUUCAGCAUUUCCCCCACCCGAAACCGCCCACGAUCCCCGCUCUUUAUUAAGUUUGUUAUGUUUAUAUUUUGUUCAUCUUAGCCGAUCGAUCGACUAACCACGACACGACCCUAAUGAUUUAUCCCCCAAAACGCCCGCCCGACCCACCAGCACCCACCCCGCCUGAAAAACCUUAAAAAAAGUACUAACUUGAUAACAUUUUACUUUUAAUUUAACUAUAAUUUAUUAUGCAAACAAGAUACAAACGAGAAAUACCAUACAAAAACAAGUGUAAAGAAACCAACAAAAACAUUUGAAAAAACUCAAUAAAAAAACAGAACAAUAAAUAAUAUAAUGCAUAGAGAGUAGUUAUUGUCAACUCCACCAGUGGAAGCUGCAAACGCGUUCGUUCAUUGCCGUGCAAGUGUAUUCGAGAAAGCAAAACCCACAAUAAAUCGUAGCAAACUUGAAUAGAA